AUGGUUGAGAUAUUUGAUCCUAGCAAGGGCAGAUUCAUUGUACAAGACUUGGUUGGCGAAGUGUCUCUCGGUGCCGUGGAUGUUGAGUGCAUCUUGGCCUUGGAGAACCACGGACUGUCGGCAGAAGGUAUUCUCGGUGAGGAAGGUGAGGAUGUUAAAGAUCGAGUGCCGCCUCAAUUCCUGAGCAAGACCACAGGUAACAUAGUCAUCGAUGAUCUGAUUGUGGACAUCACAAAAAAUAAAUCUGCCGACGACGAUUUCCUUCGGAGAGUUGUCCUCGUGUUGCUUAGAACAGUUCUUGCUCCCAUGUCGAGCAAGACUGUACCAAAGCAAUAUUACGCAUUGGUGGACGAUGUGAAGCGUAUAUCCAAGAUUAAUUGGAAUGCAUUCACCCUCCGGGUUCUGCUAGACUGCCUUCGCAACGUGAGGAAAGGCAAACACCUCCGCCAAUGGCCGAGAGGGAACUUAGCUCUCCUGCAGUACCUGUACUGGGAGAAGGUUCAGCCUCUGGAAGGUGAAUGCGCAUUCAAUUCUAGCUUGUCCAUGGAAUCUCUAAUGAGGAAUUGGACCGAAGCUGCAGCCUCAAGGAGAGACAAGUUUGAUUAUGACCAAGGCCGUGGCCGUGGUAACAUCAAGAUUGAAGACAACAUAACCAAGGAGUAUAGGGCGCAGGAGCGCAAAGUACCCGAACCAGAAAAGCCAAAAAUGAAGCCCGCCGUUGGUGCGGCAAAGAAGUCCAAGUUAGCCUCAAACGCGGACGAGAUGAUGAACCUCAUCAUGAAGCGGUGUAUGGAUUACAUACGCAGCCAAAUGAAGGAAAUACCAGAACAAGUAGCCGAGAGAUUGUUAGAGAAGUUGAACCAAAAUGGUGUGAUGUACAAGCCAGCGGCUGCUGCGGCUUCCGGCAACAACGAUGCCGACCUAGAAAACAACGAUGAUGAGGAAAAAACACCUGCCAAGUUAAAUGUUGACAAGACAACGAAGCCUACUGAUGAGUGCGGCGCAACACCGGAGAACCCUUGGAUUGUAGGUAAUUCUCCUCGAGCAGAAUCGUCCGACAUUGACAUUUCUGCAAGUUCUAUCGACAGGAUGGUGGGUAAGAGCAAGGGGAAAAAGUCUGCAGCAACUGCAAAAGAAGACGAUGUUAUAUCCGGGAAGCGCCGACGGACUGUUCCCAAGAAAUUUGAAUCCCCCUUUAAACUUGACAAGCCCGGCAAGCGAAGCGCUCGCGCUGCUCGGUCUGAGAAGAAUAUGACAAAAAGAGUUUACUACAAUGAACGUGGCACCUCUGUGACUGUGGAGAGUAUACGACCGAUUAUCGAUGCUUAUCAGACACAUUUGGCUCUGCGCAUUGGUCAUGAUCGGCACCUCUGUCCAGCCUGGAGGUCCAAAUACCUUGUUGAUCGUGCUAAGGCACGAGACAACCCUAAACCGUCGAAAUACAACAUGGAUAGUGCGCUAAGCAGAGCUGGAGCAGUACGUAGGGUUCUGGACGAGUAUACCGUCCGUGAUAAGUCGUUUAUCCCGUUGAACGUCGGCAAUACACACUGGAUCACCAUGGUGAUGCACAACCACAAGAAAGAAUUCCGAGUUUUUGAUUCGCUCUAUCCUCUCGAGUUCUCUCUUGACACUGUGAAAGCACUGCGACUAGCAAUAGCAAUUGAUAUGGAAGAGGCAAACCGUAUUACACCUGGCAAAUAUCCAGACGUCACUAAGUGGCCUAUCAUACCUCAGAUCGACAUGCCACUACAAGAGGACGGGAACUCUUGUGGCCUUUUUGUGAUUGAAGUUAUGGAGCAUUGGGACGGGGAUCGAUGGACCGCCGAUUUUACCCAGGGCACGGUUAAUGCAAGGAGAAGGCGUCUCAUCGCCGAGUUGGUUCUCUCACCUACCAACACGCUCGAAUGUGUGAAGAACAAAAUCCGCGACAUCGCAAAGAAAAGCAAGGCGUGA